AUAAAACGUAUUGUUUGGGUUCGCGAGUGUGGGAUAUUGUAUCAAUGCUGUAGAAACUGUUUAUCUGGUAUCCUUGUUCCGAACUUGCAGCAGUUUGAGGCAUCAAUUUUUCAAUCGCCUUUAUCAAUCAUGGCUUCGUUGUCUUUGUCCGUUUUGUUGCUAUUAUGCGGCAUAGUAACGAUUUUUCAAGCUUUUCAAGUCGACAAACUCGAUUUACCCGGCAGCGAUGCCGAAUGGGAAACUUGGAAGAAAUUUCACGGUAAAACUUACGAGAAUCCGUACGUUGAGACGUAUCGUAAGGCAAUAUGGCAAGCAAAUCUCGAGCACAUCAAAGAGCACAACAAUGGCAAGGCGAAAUUUAAGUUAGCCAUGAACCAACUGGGCGAUUUGACUCCCAUGGAAUAUCGGUCGUUGAUGCUCGGAGCGAAACAUCGGAGAAAUAGUAUGAAGAGAUCCGGUUCAACCUUUCUAGCUCCAACUGACGUAGAACUACCUGAAUUUGUGGAUUGGCGGACGAAAGGUUACGUCACACCUGUUAAAAACCAAGGACAGUGUGGCUCUUGUUGGGCUUUCAGCACCACUGGUUCACUGGAAGGACAGCAUUUCAAAAAAACUGGUAACUUGGUAUCGCUAAGCGAGCAGAAUCUGGUAGACUGCACCGAAAAAUAUGGCAACGAGGGAUGUAAAGGAGGAUGGAUGGAUAAUGCUUUUGACUACAUUAAAGCAAAUGGUGGCAUUGAUACGGAAGCAACAUAUCCCUAUUAUUCAAGGGAUUUGGGUUAUUGUUAUUUUAGAGCGUCCGGAGUCGGUGCCACAGUUACAGGUCAUGUAGACAUCACCAAAUUCUCAGAGCAAGAUCUCCAGGUUGCCGUGGCUACAGUAGGACCAGUCUCGGUCGCCAUCGACGCGGGCCAUGUUAGCUUUCAAUUGUAUCAUGGAGGCGUGUAUUAUGAGCCAUCUUGCAACUCUACAAAAUUAGGUCUUGAUCACGCCGUCCUUGUUGUGGGGUAUGGUAACUACAAUGGCGAAGACUAUUGGCUCGUGAAAAAUAGCUGGGGGGAAUCUUGGGGCUUGAAUGGGUACAUCAUGAUGGCGAGGAACCAAAAUAAUAAUUGUGGGAUUGCAACUGCUGCAAGUUAUCCACUCGUUUGAUACGAUCUCGACAUAAAUGAUUUAAUUAAAGUCUCCUUUUUUUAGUUGAA